AUGCGCCGCGUUCACCGGAUCGCUAUCGUCCACUCAGGUGGUGUGGAGAAGUCGAUGACCACGCGCCGAGCAUCUACAGAUCUGGGCCACCUGGGACUCAACGACCAAACGACUCCCUACGAAGUGUAUGAAGGCAAGUUCAGCUUCAGAGCUGUCCUCCAAAACACGCUCAAGGCAUGGAGCUUCCACUCCCUCUAUCGUCUAUUCUACAACGUCCGCGACUCGAUCCGCAACCAAACAAAGGUCGUCAUCUUCAAGAACCGGCCCAUGGCCCUCCUCGCCAUCAUGGUCCACGUCCCGCCCCUGAUCGCCACCGCCAUCAUGAGCCACCUCAUCUACCACGAGUACUGGAUCGGCGCGGACCUCACGCCGAACCGGGAGUGGGACAAGUCGGCCAACCUGCUGAUCCAAUUCGCCGCCAAGUUCCUCGAGAUCAUGAUCAUCGGCUCCCUCACCACCAUGAUCUUCACCUUCGUCCGUCGCGAGGUGACGCUCAGCCAAGGGACACCGCUGGCGGCUUUCUUUGCAGGGAACAGCUUCAGCUCGCCCGAGUUCCUCUGGUCCGACGAGAUGACGGCCAUGCUGCGGGGCCGCUUCUCGACCGUCUGGAAAAAGGUCUUUUUUGUCUCCUUCCUCGUCAUGUGCUGCGUCCUAGCCGUCGUCGUGGCGCCCGCGACAGCCACCGUCCUGACGCCCUUGAACGACUGGUGGAUGAUGGGCGGGUCGUGGGUGUACAUUGAUAAAGCCGGCGCCGACAUCUUUCCCCGGACGCUGACGGCGGCGGAUACGGUAGCCGGCGACGUGUGCGAGAGGGCCGGCAACCUCGACUGCCCGUCAGCCGGCUGGGACUCGUUGACGCACCUCGUGAGUUACCUCCCGUACCAGGCCAUUCUCAACGUCACAAAGGGGUCGUACAUCCGCAUCCCGGCGCUCUUCCCGCUCGCCACGCCGGAAUCGAUUCUGCAGUUGUCAAUGUCCGUUCGCGAACCCGGUGUGCCGCGCGGGUGGGCCGAGUCUCGCAUGACGCUGCCGCAUCGUGUGACGGGUGCCACGUUGGCAGCGACUACGAUGCUCUGGCAGGAUGCCCUUACGUUGAUGGAUCAAAAGGAGAAGAAGUAUUACCGCGGGUCGGACUAUCGGUACUCGACGUUCCAGGAGCUCGCGUCUAUGGAGACUCGAUGUCGCGUUACCAUGGUCGAUGGCAACAACACCACGUCCGGUGAUCGUCGUCGUCCUGUCAACUUUCCAGAAGUUCGGAACGAGGCCUCUCUCACCAAUAACACCGAUAUCAUGGCCCUAGAGAACCCGGCAACGCAAGCUUUAUGGACAACCCUCAACGGAACGACCCCCCAGCUGUCCUUCUUCGACAUUGAUCCCAAAGGAGACCUAGCCGCCAACGUCUCCAUCGGCGCUAUCAUCUCCCUCCCACGCCAAGGAGGAAUCGCCGUCUACGGAUGCCUCACAGACGCAGAAUGGAUCGGCGCCAACACCUGGAUCAACAUAGAUAACCACGUCUGGACAGACGGCUGGCCCUUCCCCGUGACCUGGAAACCCGGCAGCCGCAAAGUCCUCAUCGAGACCUCCUUUGCGAACCUGACCAACGCGGCCGUCGACAUCGAGGGCACCACCGUCUUCCAGCGCCUCGCCGCCUCCGCACGGCUCGUCGACUCUCCGCUAGGCCUGCCUUGGACCGUCGGCCACGUCGAGACGCUCGUCAACGCUAUGCUCGCCAACGGUAUGUCUCGCACCGCGCCCGCCGCGAAACCCAUCAUCACUCUAAAGGACGCCGACAGCGCCUGGUGGCGCAACUUCUUCCCGCGCAAGACGCAGUUUGGGUUCCCCGAGUCUGGCACAGCGUUCGACGUGCCGGAAGCCGUGCGGGCCGCGGCGCAGAGGCUGCAUUUCCGGGGCGAGAUGAAGGGGUUCGCGUACUCUGCCGGGGACGAUACCGUCAGAUAUUCCAUGGUGGGUUUGUUCGUUUACUGUGCCGUCGCGGUGGCGUUCAUGGCGUGGAGUCUUGUCGUGGGCGUCACGAGCAAGAGCUGGGAGUCGACGCCGGAGCUGUUGGCGCUGGCGAUGCGGAGCCCGCCACCCGGGGACGACAAGAUGCCGUCGAGCAUCUUGGAGGAUACGAGCGCGCUGCGGGAGAGGUAUUGUAUUGUUGCGAGCGGGUCGGAUGUGCUGCUUCGGCCGAUGGAUGGGCUGGAGGAGGUGCCGGAGGAGAUGAGGGUGAGGCCGAAUGUAAUGUACAGAUGA